AUGGAUCAAGCAGAUAUCCCGGCGCUGCUGACGCGCCUCGCCAGCGAUGAGGAUGCAGCGCGGAAGAUGGCCGUCUUCAAGCUCCAAUCGUCCAUCAACGAUCCUGCCUUCGCCGACGUCUUCAUAUCCUCCGGCGGCCUUGUCAUUCUCCGGCGAUUGAUCAUGAGUACCGGCGGCAACACUCUUGCCUACUCGCUACAGUCUCUCAGCCGUCUACUGGAGGUUGACAUGGGAUGGGAUAUAUUUGAGGGGCACACAGCUAGCGACCUAGUGGAGCGGGUGGUCGAGCUGAUUGUCACAAACCCUCUGGUGAACAUCCUCCGAGGCGCCAUGUCCAUUCUGGUGGCGUUGGUGUCGCACUCGCAGUCUGCCACUCGCGGAUCGGUGCGCACGCCGGGCACGUUUGGCUUCCGCGCUCUGAAGCCUGCCGUUGCGGUCUACCCACAGUUCUUCGAAUUGGUUAUCGCCCAACUGCAGUCUGCCGACCACGCCCUAUGCGCCAACGCGCUCAUGCUGAUCAAUGCUUUGGUCCGUGACGCUGUGUCGAGCGAUUCCGCCUCGAGCGGAACAGCUACAAGAGGCGCAAGCUCUGGAGAGGAGUGGUCGAAAUUUAUCAAGCGGCUGCAAGAUCUAGGGCUCAUCAAAGCCGUAUACAACCUCAUGCAAAGCUCGGCGAUACAGGAUCUUGCGCAGCCCCUGUUUGAGUUCCAGUCCUUGACAAAGGUGCUUUUGAGGAAAUGGAAGGAAGUUCGUGUAGAUCUCGAGCGGCCGGAACACCGACGAGCUCUUAAGGGGCUGCAUCUCGCAAGUGCUCCGGACAGGCAUCACGCAAAUGGCAUCAACAGAAUAGAGGACGAAAGUGGAAAGAAGGGUAGCAGGAGGCACAACCCGGAGAAGUGGCGAAGAUUGGGCUUCGAGACGGAGAGUCCGGCUACGGAGUUUGACACUGCUGGCUUCCUAGGCAUGAUGGACUUGACAGACUAUGUGCGCAAAAACGAGGACGGCUUCCAGAAGCUACUACUUGAGCAGUCUACAAAGCCUCUUGCCGAACGAUGCCCUGUCGCGAGAGCCAGUCUUGCGGUCACCAUGAUUCUUUAUGAGCACUUCGAGGUCGAUAAGGCUGACUUGGAGGAUACAAAAGGAUACCAGCUGCUAGAUGGCGUGAAGGCCAACGACAAGCUCUUCCGGCCUCUACUAUUACAAUGGUCACGGCUUCAUACUGCUGGUUUGCAAGCAUUCUUUCGGAUGUGGAAAUCGACAGGUGCCGAGCGAGAGGACUUUGAUAAGGUGGCGGAGCUCGUCCGUAUACUCGUAGAACAGGUCGUGGGACAAGCCAGCAGAACGAAGGAUGUGUUGGAGGUGGAAGAUGAUUUGCAGGAAUAUGACUGUGGGCGGUUGCGAGAACUUCAAAUGGAGCUUCUCGAGCUUUCCUUUGAGGAUCAGUGGGGCCAGCAUCUCUACCAGGUUCGAGAAGAGCUGAAGCACGAGGCCUUGCAGUUCGUCAAGGAACAACGUAUUCGAUGCUUGUUGCAAGGAUCUUGGUUCUCGCGACCCAUCCCCAGGAGAGAUCAACACCAACGAGAGGAUAGCUACCAGAAGCGCCGCUUGUACCAACCGAAGGCAUGGCGUUUUGCCAAGCUCUCGCACAACAGGCGAUACCUCCAUUACGCCGAUUUUCCCGCUCAGACACAGCCAGAUCCGGGUCUUGAUGUUCUGACCGAGAAAAUUGACUUGAGCACAAUUAGCUCGGUCGUUUCAAAUGUUUCGGCACCAAGUGAAGAUACUCAGAGUAUAUCUAGCGAGUCGACCCUGAAAAAUCAGCUAAACGGCCCGCCGAAAUCAACGACCAAAAUCACCAUCUACAGCUACCUCAAUGCGGAGGAGGCGCAAAAGGGAGGCGAGGCUAAGGAGACUGCGAUCUUGACACUAUACCCCCUUAAUCACUCACUCGCUUCAGAAUGGUUGGAUGGGCUACUCAUGUUGCUGAGCCAAGCACCAAUUACAGCCGAGACCAAUAAGCUGGUGACGCUGGUGAGCGAGUAUGGGUUGAAGAUUCGUCUACUCAACGUGAGACUGGAAUCGGUGUACUCGGGCCCUCCGCCGGGAGCGGGAGCUGUGCCUAGUCGAGACGGGCUGGAUGACGAUUAUUAUUACGAGAUUUGA